UGCUCGCUCAUUUGUUGAUUGGCACGAGUGGGUCGAAGACGCUCUCAUGGUCCAUGGUUUUGACUCCGUUUCAUUUCUCUUUUAUGCUCGUUCUCGAGCCCCAAGGAUGUUGACACCACUACUAGACGACACAUGUUGCCUCAAUCUGACUUUCAAGUCUGAUGCUUGCGUGUAUGUUGCAAUUAGCACGUGAAACUACUCUCCUUUACACGGUGUCCAAUAUUUCAUCCCCCGUGAGGCGUCAUGUCUUCUGGGAAAGAUAGGAAUAGUCAAGAAAUUUCAGGUCACCAUGAGGUGGAUAGCGCGUCGACGAGGGACCACAGCAACGACUCUCAAGAGGAGCGAUCAACCCACACGGGUGACAACCAACCCCGAUGUUCGAUAUGCCACAGUACUUUCAGACGCCCUGAACAUCUAAAACGCCAUUUUCGCAGUCAUACAAAAGAAAAGCCAUUCAAAUGCACACGGUGUGGCCGUUACUUUUCUCGGACGGAUACGCUGCAUCGUCAUGAACUGAGCCACCACUCUGUUGGAACUAAAGGCACCGAGGGACACGCACACCGGAUUACAGUGAAAACAUUUCGCGCAUGCUUCAAAUGUGCAGUGGCACGAGUUCGGUGCAGCGGUGGUAUGCCAUGCGGUCGUUGCGAAAACCGGUCGCUUGCGUGCCAGUAUCCGACGGAGCGACGCUCCAAAACCAAAGGGCAGAAAGCACUAUCUUCCGACGCUUCUCCGGUGCUUGACGGCGCAUCGAAUAGUUCGGCAUUUCUUCUAGACCCACCGCCAUUGGCAGAUGACGUUGAUACCCACAUGAAGUCGUCGGACGGGCCUGUCAUGUCUCGAAGUUUGAACCUUGAAAUGACUCAGGCUCAAGCUCAAUUGCCCGGACAGAGUGUAUCAGAUGCGUUCUCGGGCUCUUCGAACAAGCUAAACGUCCAGAAUGUCCUUCGGAGCCAGCAUGAUGACGUUCCUGAGACGGAGCCUUCGCAUGCGCCUAAUGCCAGCCAACUCGGGACCGCAGUGUAUCCCUCUUUCCCUCUAUAUAAUGUGCAAAACCCACACCACGCCUAUCCUGAAGUUCCCACUUCAGACAUACGAAAUACUCACCCACGCAAUGACAAAUAUCCUGUUGGUAGUUUUACGAGGUCCCGACCCCUAGAAAGGGACGAAAACACAAAUGCUCUAGAAUUGACAGUGUCGGGCUUGCAGCAGACCUCAUUGGGCUCGAACGAGCCCAACCUUUCCACCAUCAACUGGCUUCCCAACGAUCUGUACCAAGAUGGGACAAACAGAGAAGCUCUUCGAUCUAAUGCUCCGGCCCAGGGCCCUCAGACAGGAGGUUCCUUGGGUCAAACGGUUUGGCUUCCUCCAGUUGUCGGUACGGGCCCGAUCAAUUCAUCACUAGAUAAAAGUAUCUGUCAAGCGCCGCUUAGGGAUUCUUCGACCAGCGGAAUCCCGAAAGAACCCAAUAACUUGGCCCAGAAUACCACUCAACCUCCUGUACAGUCAUCCACAAAACGGUUGACUGAUGAGUGUAUGGGUGAUGCUCCGCCUCCCUCUAAGUACAAUCGGACACAGAGCCUCCUGUCAAAACAACCCACAAAUUUUGUCAAUGUCCCUUCAUACUCGGAAGAAGAAAGCGCGCAGGGCUGCUUUUCCUUCCCUGCCAUACAUGAAUCUCAACACACGCCCGACGAACAAAGUGCCAUUGAAUUUCCCAUCGAGCCAUCGACAUAUGAUGACAUCUAUAGGUCUUUUAUCCGGCUAUGUUGCGCCGACAGUCUUUUUUAUGCCAAAUUCGAUUCGACCAACUUUCCGUCGGCGAAUGCUUUAUCAAGUUUCAUUCGUGUUUAUUUUGAAGCGUUCCAGCCAAUAUACCCCAUCUUUCACGCCCCUACAUACAAUCCAAACCACACUCAUUGGUCCGUCAUACUGGCCAUUUCGGCCAUAGGUUGCCAGGCUUCAGGCCUCCAUGAAUGUACUGUGGCAAUGAACGAGUUCCUUCGAAGAGCUAUAGCUUUCGAGAGGGAGAAACACCGCUCCGAGCAGACGCCUCUGUGGCUUCUUCAGGCAAUGAUGCUAAACUGCGUCGGACUGGCUUAUGGCGCAAGCGAGAAAACAAGAGCAUCUGCACUCAACAGCUUUGGGGAUCUGGUAACACUCGUGAGCCGUGAACGACUCUUGUAUUCUGUGAGCAGACCGAACACUACAUGUGGUGAAGAUACACGAGAGACCCAAUGGACUUCAUGGAUUGAGGAUGAAGUGAAACGACGGACCACGUACUUUGUAUGGCUUUUGGAUUGCACGCUCGCCUAUCAUUUUGAUAGUAGCCCGUCGCUGUCCUUGGAGGACGGCCAGGCUGCGCUCCCAUCUCACGAAAGCCUCUGGCAGGCGAAAUCGGCCGGGAUGUGGAAGCAGCUUGUUGAAACCCCCUCCGGUCCGGUAGGCGUGUCACUUUACGACGCUGUGCUGAUCAUGUACAUCGAAAAGCGACUGGUGCCUGGGAUCGGAGAUUUCACUAGCAUACUACUCACCCACGCUCUCUACCAGCGAACGUGGGAAGUGGGUGAUUAUUUUCGACGUCCACUAUCCUUUUGGGGCCCAACUGCAAAGAAGCAGUCUCGAGACGCAGCUAUCCCUUCAGGCUCUAUCUGGCUCCCAGGCAUUCCGGCAUACUCAAAAUGGCGCAACAGCGCGUGCGACUGUCUGGAUAUCCUCCAAUGGAUGAUCAACGGCACACAAGCACCAGGCCAUGAGCAUCCGAUAUUUUUACACCUCCACAUGGCACGAAUCGUUCUGCUCACCCCGUUCCGUGAAAUCCGAUCGCUAGCGACCUCGAUCGUGACGGGCCAGAUUGGGUGGACCCAACGCCAGCAGUCUAUCGAGUGGCAUUACAUCCUCCGUUGGAUACAGCACGAUCAGUACAAGGCCCGUCUGGCGAUCGUCCACGCGGGCUCUUGCUUAUCGCACAUCCGAAGCCAUUCGACGAAUGCUUUUCACGAGCCGGUGGCUGCCUUCCUUUCUAUUCUCACUCUAUGGGCUUACGGCAUGUGUCGCCCCCAGGAAUUCACAGAGCCUACCCUGCUUGUGGAACCAGCAUCUCGUCAGGCGACCAAGCCAACCUAUAUCCAUCUUGAUCACCCCUGUGACGACGGGCUAGUUCAAUCAUUUGUACGGGAUGGCCAGACCAUGAGCGGCAUUGUGACGGGUGCUGGUGAUAUAUGUGGCCCACAGGGGCCCAAGGAAGUCCUCCGUGUUGGCUGUAAGAUUCUCUCGGACCUCAAUUCGUGGGGAAUCUCUUGGCGCUUGAUUGCGACUCUGACCAAGCUUGCUGAGCUGAUGCUUUGAGGUCAUUAUAUGGACAUGUACUAUACGAGAAUCGUGUGUAGUAUGUAUAUAGCAUGUAAAUAGCAUAAUAAAGCCUGGACAUUUAAACCUCAACUGACAUGGCUGGAUAUAAG